AUGAUCGUGUUAUUGGUUACACUGCUUUAUCUCCAUCAAGGAUAUACACUUAUCCCGAUAACUUCAGUUCAACUUGGUGAAACUGUAACCUUCACAUGUCAUCUGCGUAAGAAUUCACAGUUCAGCUGUAGAGAAGUCGACUGGUACAAGCAGAGUACCGGGGACACUCUAAAAUUAAUAUGGACACUGAAGGAAUCUGCACAACCUGAGUUUUCUGCUGAGUUUAAUCAAUCAAGAUGGAAGGUUUAUUACAAUGAAAAUUUCACCAACCUGACCAUUUUGAGGGCAAACCAAGAGGACGAGGGAAUCUACCACUGUGGAAUCACCGAGUGGUUCAAGAAUACUGAAUGGAGCGGCUCAUAUUUGUUAGUCAAAGGACGCACUCAAAGGACAUCAGACUAUACUGUUGUUCAGUCACCGCUGAUAACAGUCCAGGAACCAGGAAACUCGGUGACUUUUCAGUGCUCAGUCUUCUCUGACCCUGACAAAAAGACAUGUCCCGGAGAUCUCACUGUGCUCUGGUUCAGAGCUGGAUCACAUAAAAGUUAUCCAAAAUUAAUCUACACUGACAGAAACAAAAGUAAAGAAUGUGAUAAAAGAUCUGACCCCCAGAAGAGCUGCAAUUAUACUUUUUCUAAAAUCGUCAGCUCGUCUGAUGAAGGGACUUACUACUGUGCUGUGGCCACAUGUUGGGAAUUAUUCUUUGGAAAUGGAACUAAACUUCAAAUAGAGCAAAAGGCAGGUUCUGAAUUUACUGUGUUGGUUAUAGCAAUAAUCUGCUUGUUUAUUUCUGUGAUUCUUAAUAUUGUUUGCAUCUGUUGCCGAACUCAAAGAGCAGCAUGUAAACAAUUUAAAGAAAACAGCUCUUCACAAGCAAGACAAGAUACCUUGAGCCAAACAAUGAAUGAACAUACUGAAAGUGGACAUGAUCUAAACUAUGCUGCACUGCAUUUCUCUGGAAGUAAAACUGCAAGAGGAAGGAAGAAGAAGAAUGAACUGGAAACUGAGGAAACAGUGUAUUCUCAUAUCAAAAGCAGAGUGUGAAAGUGUGUCUAUACAAAACUUGUCUUUUAAUGCUGAUUUGUUUAAUUGGAAAUAGAAAAUACAAAGAACUUAUUCCUGAUUUUGCUGAAAACAUGAUGUUUUGCAUAUACUGUUAUUUACAUAUUAUUGUGUUUGCCUGUUCUUGUUUUCCUGUU